UCGUCUCCGUUUCACAGAGAGUAUAACGUCAGCGCCCCUCGGUCAGUCAGUAGUAUUUGUUGAUGUUUACUGACUGCAAAGGACUAUAUGAGUCGCUUGGAUGAGCUAAACAGCAGAGAGACGUUCAUUUUUUCUGCGGGACCAAGUGCUGGGGAUGGUCGUGUUUAUCCUGAACAAUUAAGGAGCCUUCAAAGUCAAGCGGAAAUCAGCAAUGGCUGGAAAAUCAUCACUCUUUAAAGUGAUACUCCUAGGAGAUGGUGGAGUUGGGAAGAGUUCUCUUAUGAACAGAUAUGUCACUAACAAAUUCGAUACCCAGCUGUUCCACACAAUAGGUGUGGAAUUUUUAAAUAAAGACUUGGAAGUGGAUGGACAUUUCGUAACCAUGCAGAUAUGGGACACGGCAGGUCAGGAACGAUUCAGGAGCCUGCGGACACCCUUUUAUAGAGGAUCUGACUGUUGCCUCCUUACUUUCAGUGUGGAUGACUCUCAGAGCUUCCAAAACCUGGGCAACUGGAAGAAAGAAUUCAUUUACUAUGCUGAUGUCAAAGAACCUGACAGCUUUCCCUUUGUGAUUUUGGGUAACAAGAUCGACAUCAAUGAAAGGCAAGUGUCAACGGAAGAAGCUCAGGCCUGGUGCAGGGACAAUGGCAAUUAUCCUUACUUCGAAACCAGUGCCAAGGAUGCCACUAACGUGGCGGCAGCCUUUGAAGAAGCCGUUCGAAGAGUGCUCGCUACUGAAGACCGAUCGGAUCACUUUAUUCAAACAGAUACGGUCAAUCUUCACCGAAAGCCCAAGCCUAGUUCAUCCUGUUGUUGACCGUCCAAACUUUUGUCCAAACAAUUCUAACCGACUCAUCCAAAAAACUGAAAAGUGAGGCAGGAAGAAAUACCUGGCAUGAAGGAGGCACAGCAAAUCCCCUUCUAAUAAUAGUAAAACUAAUAUAUUGCUGCUUCCUUUAGGGAAGAAAAGCAUCCAUUCACUGAGUAUGAGUAACCUAAGGUGCAUUUUACACUUAGAAAAGUGUCUAACAGCGCAUCUUUAAUUUAAAUGUGUAACUUGCAGAGAUAACGAAUCACAAAUAAAAUACUUUAGUGGUAAUUAAAAGGAAAACUUGAAUGUUCUAGAAGCACUACUUUGGGUUGUCUUUUUCUUGGAAUUUAAAUGGAGAACAAAUUUUUAUAUGUAUAUAUAUUUUUAUGAAAAUAGCAUUCCAUCUCUUCACUGAACGUCCACUUCAUUAAGCACUAGUGAUAGGAAUUAAAAAUUUAAAUCUAACA